AUGUCUUCCUCCACUGAUAUUGUACCAGGAAGCCUUAACAUCACGAACACGACGCAUUUGCCUGCACACUGUGGUAAUCCUUAUGAGUCUGGAAUUGCACAUAUCCUCGUCACUCAUGUCAGCCUCAGUAUAGCUAUUCUUGGGAUACCUGCGAAUAUUUUGGCUCUCAUAGUUCUCAACUACCAAGUGACAAAUCGCAGCCCAACCCACAUUCUCCUUACAGCACUUGCAAUCGAGGAUAUCUUGACUAUUGUUUUUUAUAGUGCCUAUUAUAUUGCAAUACACUACUACGAAACAUUUAACUUAACAUGGCUGGGCAGUCUGCGGUAUAUCGACACCCCUCUCUUCUACAUAUUAAACUGGACGAAAAUGAUUGAAAUUUACACGGUGGUUUUUCUAAGCCUGGAACGCUACGUAGCAAUCAGGUGGCCACUUAAAGCCACACGGCUCUGCUCAGUAGGCAGAACAAAACGAGGGCUAGUGGUUAUAGUGGUGCUGUCGGGGAUUUUCAAACUUCCUAACUUUAUUUUUGACUACCGCACACUGAAGUGGCAUCCGGAGUGCCAAAACUAUCGACUCGACGCCGUGUUUAUUGCCGCCUCAUGGUAUGCUACAUUCAAACUGGUUUAUGUACAACUGCUGGAUCAAGUGUGCUCUUUUAUAAUUCCACUGAGUCUACUGGUGUUCUUGAACUUUGGGCUUAUUUUCAGGAUUUUUCCACCUACCAAAAAAUAUAGGUAUGAUACUUGGAACAAUGGCAAAAUCUUGACUUCAGAGGCAUUAGCCAUAUCUUCAGAUAGCUCUGCGGUGAAAUAUAAAAUUCCCAUGCCUGAUAAUGGAAUGACGGUUCUGAGAACAUAUUCAUUUCGCACACGUCGUAAUAUGUCAACAAAAGCACGACGUACGACUGAUCACAAAUCCGCUAAUAAUGAGGAGCCAGUGAGGCAAACAGAUGCAGUUUUUCGAGAAAAAAAUGGUCACGGGAGUAUAGCUGGAUCCGAGUUUCAUCCUGGGUCAAGAAACAUUAAUUCAAAUAAUCGGAGUAUACUUCUCACCCUAGUUGGAGUAGUCACCAUAUUUCUCAUUUGCGAAACACCCACGACCCUGUGUUUCCUGGUUGAAAUGUGGGAUCUUCUCUCAGGCAUUUGGAAGAAAAAUGGAAACUCAACGACCAGCUUGGCAAUUUCACCCAUUUUCGUUACAACCGAGGAUCUUUACUAUUACGCAUAUCCGGCGGCACUCGUUCUUGUUCUUGUAGGCUGCGCAAGCAACUUUUUCAUCUACAUUCUAAUUGGCAGAAGAUUUAGGCGCAAUUGUAAGCAAGUGGUGAUUAAUCUGGCAAAAAGGAUUUGUUGUUGCGCACAAAAGACGAACGAGGAAGCUGGCACCAGAUUACUUCGUUCGUUGGGGAUUUUUCACAGAAACCAAGUAAGAAAGAGUGACUUGGUUGUUGAUUUUAGUCCUUGCGUUAAGUGGAAUGCAUCCCAGAGACGCAGUACUCUGAAAGCAUCACGGAAAUCAUCGUCACAUCAAAAGCAGCAUUUGCAACUGUCAUUGAACAUGAUUUCUGAUGGGAUUGACACUUGCUUGUAA